AUGCGAGCGCGGCUGCUGCUGGCCCUGGCGGCCAUAUCGCUGCUGCUCUACAACAUCCGCGAUCAUAUCAGCCAGCUGGGCGAGGUCGCCCGCACGUACGCCACCUUUUACAGCCUCCUGCGGCAGCACCCGGAACUGCUGUACCGAUAUCCCACCGACAGGCAAGACACGACGACGCCACCAACCAUCUUGGGUGACGAUGCGGCACAAGACACACUCACAACGGCGGCUGCGGCGGCGGCCAGCAACGCCACGAGGAUACCGCGAAUCAUGCACCAGAUCGCCCUCGGCAGCGCCAACAUGUCGAAAUACGCCGACGCCAUGGCUACGUGCCGCGCCAUGCACCCAGACUGGGAGUUCAUGCUGUGGACCGACGGCAACGCCUCCGACUUCAUCGCCGACAACUACCCCUGGGUGCUGCCGCACUACACGCGCUACCCGCAGCAGAUCCAGCGCGCCAACAUCCUGCGCUACGCCGUGCUGCACGCCAUGGGCGGCGUCUACCUCGACCUCGACGUCGCCUGCCUCGUGCGCCUCGACGACACGCCCCUCGUCGAGCUGCCCUUUGUCUCCCCCGGCGCGUACCCGGCCGGCGUGAACAACGCCUUCAUCGCCGCGCGCAAGGGCCACGCCUUCCUCGAGCACCUCAUCGAGGCUGUCCCCCGCUACGACAUGUUCUGGGGCCUGCCGAUGCGGGUGCCCUACGUCGAGAACAUGCUGAGCACGGGGUGCAUGUUCUUCUCCAACCGCUGGAUGAGCUUCGUCCGGAUGCUGUACCGACGGCAGCAGCGGGGCGAGGACAUUGACGAGGCUCAGCGCGUCUACAUCCUUGCCGAUGCCACUGGUGACAUGGCCGCACAUAUGCUCCGCGGCAAGGUGACGACACCGCUGUUUGCUCACGGCGGUGCUAGCAGCUGGCACAGCUGGGACGCGGCGCUCAUCAUCCUCAUCGGGAAGCACUACAUCAUCUUCGGAGCCCUCAUCACGGCUCUGCUCUCCGCCGCCGCGGCGUCCGUAGCGUGCCUGGAAGGCGGUGAGGAGGUCAAGCGCAGACAAGGAGAGCUGGGUAUGAAGACACCACCGCGGUGA